CACGCGUGUAAUAGAAGAAGACGCUUGGCAGAGAGAGCGAGCGAGCGAGCGGAGGCUUUAAUGGUUAAGUGUGGUUAAAGCAGCACCCAGCAGGUACUAGCGGCCACCAGCAGGUACUAGCAGGUACCAGCAGCUACCACUUGGCAACUUCCAGUCCACGGCGAUGCUCGGAGCUCCACGCGGGCUCGCACGGCGCCUUCACCGAUAGGCGAGCGACGCAGCGGGCAUGGCGGGCCGGGAGCACCAGGCUGGCGGGGCUUCUCGCCAUUCUUCACGCUGGAGAACAGCACCGCGUCUGGGACUGUUGAGGAUGUUAUUUAUUGCUUUUAUCCACGCCACGCGGGCCAAUCCACAAGCGUUCAUUCAGUCCGACACGAUAUUAGAAGUUCUACAUUUCGGCGAUGGAGGCCUUUUACAGGCGGACUCUGACGUCGAUUUUACUUUAUAUCAUCAACAAAGCACGUCCCCGCACCGUGGGAACUGCCGACCCAUACGCUUUGAACCUCCAAUGUUGGAUUUUCACGAACAGCCUGUGGGGAUGCCAAAAAUGGAUAAAGUUUAUUUACAUAAUCCUAGCUCAGAAGAAAUUAGUUUGUUAUCAAUAUCAGCAACGACUGCACAUUUUCACGCCUCCUUUUUCCAAAACAGGGUGAGUAUGAGUUCUUUCUGGUUGCGGUUUCAUUCUCUGUCAUUUCAAGCAACGGCAUUGGCUUCUGUAUCUUUGACUUUGAACUAGGGCUGUCAAAUGAUUGACAUAUUUAAUUACAAUGUAUUGCUUUUUUUAUCAGUAGUUAACUUACAAUUUCAUUAAUCAGUUAUUUUAUGUUUGAUUAUUGGUUCUCAAACCUUUUUCACCAAGUAGCACCUCAGAAAACACUUGCAAAGAUAGUAAUAAAUCCUUUAGAAGAAGACAGCCUGCCGUGGCCUUUAACUUGGACACACACAUCUAUACAUUUCCAGGAGUUAUCUGAGAAGCCUCCGUUUUACUCGUGAUUUGUAAGUUGUAAAAAUGUGUCGAAUAGAUAUUACUUUAGACUUAGACUUCAUUUUUAUUGUCAUUCAAAUUUGAACUUCACAGCACAGAUAAGAACGAAAUUUCGUUACAAUAAGCUCAUGGUAGUGCAGGAUAAAAAAAGCAAUAAGGUGCAUAUAUAAUUAAAUAAAUAUACAUAAAUAAUAUAUAAAUAUAUAUAUAAAAUAAAUACAUGUAUAUAAAUAAAUAAAUAGAUUACUGUACAGAUAAAUAUAAUGCACUUUUUCACAUGCGUCCCCUUAUACUUGCCAAC